UUGACCUGCACCCUCUUCAGACUAUUUGGUGUUUUCUCUGUCAUCCCCGUAACACACACACACAAAAUUCUUUUAUAGGGUAUGGUAAUGGAUCAAUCUCUAAGCUGGGCCAUAGUAUCAAGUGUGCUUACAUGGACAACAUUGUACAAUAUCAUCUGUCUAAUGAACCCACAACGCAGUUAUGAGUGGAAUUGCCGUAUCCUUACAUUGAUUCAUGCUAUCGUGAUUGUAACCAUGUCUGCAUGUUUUGGAUUUAUUUAUAAUCCAUGGUUACACGAUUUCUUUAUUCAUUUAUUUACAGGACCAGGUGGAAAGUCCAACGUGUAUGAGAACUUGACAAUGGUGGUGUGUGUUGGAUACUUCAUGUUUGACCUUUGUUGGUGUUUAUACUUCUUUGACAAUGACACCUUGUUUAUGUUACUGCAUCAUUGCAUUACAAUUAUUGGCAUUCUUGGAUCACUGUAUAUGCAAAGAUCAGGAACAGAAGUAAAUGCAUCAAUAUUUGGCAGCGAACUCUCCAACCCGAUGCUACAGAUUCGAUGGUUCAUGCGUGAAACAGGUCGAAAGUACUCAAUCUUGUAUGAAAUAAAUGACAUUUUGUUUAUGUUUACAUUCCUGUUCAGUAGGAUGGUAGUGGGUCUGUAUUUCAUGUAUUGUGAAUGGAUGCACCCAACCCCUCUCCUUUUCUUCAAGAUAGGUUCUUUAGGUUUAUGGUUAGUAAGCUUUGUCUUCGCAAUUCAAAUUACAAGGUUUGCUGUGUAUAAAUACUCAAAGAUGUAUCAUUCAUGGAAAAAUAGAACUCGAGUUGCUGAUAAACUUAGGUCAUUGGGGUCAGAGGUAGAGUAUGUAGAUGAACAAGGCAGCAAUUGUAGCCAUUUGACAAAUGGAAAUGCAAGGGAUUAUGGGAAUGUUCUGUCAUCUCAUAUAACAUGUAAUGGGAAUGUGUAAAGCUUUAAUUAGGAAUUAAUUAUUAUAAUAAGUGAUAUAAAAUGCUAACUAACCCUUUGUAGGUCAGUUAGCAUGAUUAUGUGCUUCCACCAAAUCAUAAAUAAAACAUCAAUGGGAAAAUAUGUUCUGCAGCUGCCAAAAGAAUCAUUGAACAAUUGUGAGAUCGUUAGGCAAGAGAUACAAAUAAUCGCUGAAACUUUUCCUCGCACUCUACCCUGGGUAUAAAUCUGGCUUGUUGUGUAAUAGAUAGGGAAUUCUUGGACUACUAAUAGUAACACCUGACAACCCCACCCCCAACACAUCGAAACCUAUACCUAUAUAUAUAUGUAUAUAUAUAUACAUAUAUAUAUACAUAUAUAUAUAUAUUUAUAUAUAUAUAUAUAUAUA